AUGAACGACAUAGCACUUCUGUACCCCAAUAUGGUGGCUGCCAUCGAAACCAGUUCGAAAGUGCUUGAUGAUGAAGAAACAGCCUCUGUUUCUUCUGGAUUAAGUCCUCCGCCAUCGCCUCAUGAUUCCAAAUCGCCCAACGACUCCCAUGUUAAACGGCCAAUGAACGCUUUCAUGGUCUGGAGCCGAGGGCAACGCCGGAAGAUGGCGCAGGUCAGAAAUUGCAAAAUUCUCACUUCUUCUUAUCGCAUUUUUAUGAGACACUUGAGGAGAGUGGAGUGAUAAAUUCCGUUAGAAUCACUCAUUAAAAACUCUCCUAUGAGGGAUGAUAAAGGAACAACUUUUUUUCUGAUAUUUUUGUGUCUAAUAUAAUAAUCAUAAAGAUAAUUCUUUUCCGUUUUUUCACGAAUUGGUUACAGGACAAUCCGAAAAUGCACAAUUCUGAAAUCAGUAAACGACUGGGAGCGGAAUGGAAACAACUUUCAGAGCAAGAAAAAAGGCCUUUUAUCGAUGAAGCGAAAAGACUCAGAGCUCUGCAUAUGAAGGUACAGUUAUUAUUCGUUUAAAUCUUUCAAAGAUAAUUUUAUACUUGAAAAUUUAUUCAUAUAAUGUUCAGGAACAUCCAGACUACAAAUACCGGCCACGGCGCAAGCCAAAGUCGUCCGUCAAAGGUCAGAGCAGACUUCCUCUGGGACUUCCGAUCACGCCGUUCACGUCUCCCGCUCUCUUCACCUACACCUCGCCGUUGGAUUCUUUGAAGACGCCAGACUUGUCCUCGUACUACUCAUCGUUCUUCCCCAAUCCAGUGUUGGCAGCCCCUUACUCACCGUAUGUGAUGGCCGCCUACGCCCGACAAGCCGCUGCCGUUGCCGCAGCUUCACAAGUCAAUUCGACGACACCGGCAGUUUGA